CGAGUUGAGAAAAAGGGGCGAGAGGUGGGGUUUCGUUAUCGCUCCCGCCGCUUGCUCUCCCGCUCCUCACAGUCAAAUAGGCUGAGGUGGGAUAAGACUAAUAGGAGUGCGAGGAGCCGCUUUGUGACGUCACCUUCAGGUGGGAUAGAAACCUAUUGAGAGACAAUGUCCAUUCCAUUCUCCAACACCACUCAACGCAUUCCUGCAGGAUUUGCAAAUCUGCUCGAAGGGCUUGCCAGGGAAGUCUUGAGGAGCCAGCCUGUGGAUAUACCAAGCUUUGCAGCCAAGUAUUUUGAAACUCUUCUCAUUGAAAGAGAAAAAAGUGGUUAUGAUCCAUGUGAAUGGGGAGCAAAAAUAGAGGACCGAUUCUACAAUAACCAUGCCUUCAAUGAACUUGCACCACCAGGAGGUGGUGAUAAAGCAGAGGAGAAGAAGGAAGGAUCUGGUGCACAGCCAAGGGAGGCAUCCAAUCGAAACAUCCCAUCAUCUUCCCACCAUGUGCACACUGUGCCUUCCUCAAAUAUGAGGGAACCCCGAGAACAGAUUGGGGAGGGGGGAGAAUCUGUUGCACAAAUGGAAAUCCUUGUGAACACAGGACUGUGACUUACCAACUUAGCUCUACUUUGGAUACAACCCAGAGACUCUUAUCAGUGGCAAUCUAUGGAGUCUCUUCUUCCCUGCAUGGAUUCCAGUUUCAAAUCCCUGGUUGCUGAUCCACCUAAAAGAAUCCUUCACUUGAAGUUAAAUGAGAGAGAGAGAGAGAGAGAGAGAGAGAGAGAGAGAGAGAGAGAGAGAGAGAGAGAGAGAACGAGCUGAGUCACAUAAGUGAGAGCAGUUAACACAUCUCCAAAUCUGCUUUGGAUAAAGUGGCAGACAGUGGGAAUGUGGUGGUGGGGAAAUUAAACAGAAAAUUUUCCAGUAGAAAGUUUUCCCAUUUCAUAAAUUAAUUAGUAACUAUGAAUGGAUGCCAGUUGCAAAUGCAAUAUUAGGUAAGCUUGAUGGUGUCAGGUCCUUAGUUUUAAAUACAGGUAGAAUAAACAUUGCAAAUUAGCUCCCUCUCCCAUGGAAGUAGCGGGAUGGGGUGGGGUGGGGGAGGGCAGUUGUCUCACUCAAAUCAAUAAAAAUACCCAACUAACUGACCAAUUGCAGAUAACUCGGUCCUGUCCCCCUAACAUAAAGCCUGCCCCCCAAAUAAAUCCUGGCCACGCCCAUGCCCUCUCCAAGGCAUCAGGAUAUUUUCCUAAGCAAAUUGCCCUAAUCUGCAUAGAAAUCUUCUGGAAAUCAACAUCAUUGGCAGCUGGCACUAUUUCAGGCAUAGACAAACUCCAGCCCUCCAGAUGUUUGGGAUUACAAUUCCCAUCAAACCUAGCUAACAGGACCAGUGGUCAGGGAUGAUGGGAAUUGUAGUCCCAAACAUCCGGAGGACCAGAGUUUGCCUAUGCCUGCCCUAUUUCUAACAUUUCCCCAAGACACUUGGAUGUUUGAGUUGGAUCUCUGAACCUGCAAUCAAAGGGGGCAGCACAUCGCUUUUGUUCAACAAGUUCCAUCAGGUAAAAUGUAGGCACAGCCCAACCAAAUGUUUAAAGUCCCAUUGUUUUCUAUUGCUCCAUUGCAGUGUGAGCAACACCAUAGGACUAAGGUGAAACUGUCAUGCUCCCUUGUUAUUUCUGCUGUUGCUAGAAGGUGUAGUUAAUUUAAUCUUGUUAUAUUUAUACUCUAGUACUGAAAGACUGCUUUUUGCAUGCAGUUAUAGUUGCUAUUGUGUUGCUGUUUUAUGAUGUUACUAUGAAAUUGUUCUUGCAAUGUUGAUUUUGAGGUGUAGUACUCUUUUCUUUGUUGUAAGCCACACUGAGCAUGCUUCUUUUUGUGGAAAGGCAGCAACAAAUAGGAUGGUGAUUAGGGCUGGGUGAUAUCUGGUUUUCAACAUUGUGAUAUAUCGCCUGAUAACAUUGUGAUAUACCACUGUAUCACCAUAUCUGAAAUAAGGUUGGAGCUAUGUAGAGGCACUGGCUGGCUUAACGGUUUUCUUCGCAUCUUGCUUUUUGCAUAACACACAGACACACCCACCCACCCACCCAACAUGAUUCGCAAGAUAUUGGCAGGUCAGAAAUUAUGAAACUGGUAUCAUGCUAUGGACUUAAAGCCGGUUUUGGACAAUAUAUUGGUAUAUUGCCCAGCCCUGGUGAUGAUGAUAUGCAUAUUUAGUCAGAAGGAAGCCCUGCUGUGUUUGUGGGAUUAUUUCCAGAUAUUGCAGAUAUUUGCAGGUUUAAGCUUCUGUUCUAUUCACCCAUUGAAAUCACUGGGAUUUGAAACUUCUUAACUAUGGAUGAAGUGUACCCUUUGUAUUUUGUAACAUUUGAAUGACAUUGAAGCCUUUGUCCAUUGCAGGCAAACAGAUUAGGCAACUGCAGCCCAUGACAUUGCUCCCCUCUCUUCUGGUAGGGGAUUUUUUCUUCUUGCAUCCCAAGGAUAAACAGUUGGUAAUAUCUAAAUUCUAAGUGCUAAAUUCUCGCAUUUUUAGCAGACAAAACUUCCUUUGAUGGAAAGUUGCCCAAGUGACAUACAGAACAUCUAGCACUAAAAAUAGUCCUGUGAAUAUAUUGUGGAAAGUACAUAUUUAAAAAAUGACAAAACAAGUUGCAUUUUGUUUUCCCACCCACCCUAGGACUCAUGAGCCACCUUCCAAAAGGCCUUUGGAAUAAUGGAGGUUUGAGUUACUUUUAAAGCUCUCACUCUCUUUUUCAAAGAGAGAUCUAUAUAUCUGUUCAAACCCCUCAGCUGGUUAAAGGCAAAGCUUAGACAUGUACAUUUGUUUUUCU